AUGUUCCUUAAUUCGCGCAGUCUCUUGAACCUCGCCUUGAUGACUGCUUUGGUUCUGGAAGCGAGUGCUGUCGAUCUUCAACCCUGGGGUCCUGAAGACUACCAAGAUGCUGGUUUGGGACAGGCAACUAGACGAGACUCAACUCUGUUGAAGUCAGGACCGAUCGGCAGCCAAGACGAUCUUCCGACCAGCAUGGUCGUGAAACGAGCUCCUUUUCCUGUAGAAUUGGGAGCCAUCAGCGACCCCAGUGUUCUCACGAGGGGCCGAUCUGAGAAACGCGAGACACCCGGAAAUGGCUGCUUCGACCCAGAGAAACAUUCCACGUUCUUCUGGGGAGGUUACGCUGGCGAUAACAUCUACGUAGCCAACUUCACGAUGUCUGCUGCUACCGACGACGAAUUUAUUCUUCCAGUUGAGAACUUCGCGAAGAGAAUGAAAUCCAUCAGUUGUGGUGCCCCCGGGAAACCCAUCGUAUUGGAGUUUAGCGACGCAGACUCGCUGUCCUACGCCAAGUCAGCUUGGAAGUGGGUAGAUGAUGCAGAUGUAAACCACUUCGUUCUUGUUACAGAACCAGAUAUGUGCUACAAAGGCGACAACCGGUCCCCUUACUUAGUCAGCGCAAUUAAGUUCGACGACGCAAAACUGUCUGCCGAGAUUACUGCCGAGGAGAAACCAUGGGACGAGGUGGCGCAGCACUUCAAACUCAGUCUGGGCCACGAGUAUGUUGACCCGGCUACUGCCAAUGUUACCCAUCCUCAUCUAGCACGUCGCGAGGAUGACGGCAAAGCAAUGGACAUUUCGCACACCUUCAGCGGUAACCUGUUCAACUAUGCAAAGGACUCGAAGGAAACAGCUGGCAUGUCUCUUAGCGCUGACCUCGAGCUAACAACUGAAGGUGCCAUCAUUGCAGAUUUUGACGUCGAGAAAAACUUUAUAGGUUUUCCUACGGAUGCCAAACUGAACAUCCACCCUCAAGGAGUCAAUGCUUUGAUGAAGCUGUCACUCAACGCCGAUGGCAAGCUGGGCAAGGAACUACAAUGGGACAUGAAACCCGAGAUCGAGAUUCCAAUCCAAGCCAUCAAGAUCGCAGGUAUACUCGAGAUCGGGCCUUUCAUCACCAUGGGCAUUCACUUCGGAUCAUCUGCGCUAGAGGGUACGGGCACGAUGAGCGUGGGUGCUAAAGCUAAGAUCAAAGAUGACGCCAAUGUCGAUGUACGGCUCAGCAAGCCAGAGGAGAACAGCAUCAGUGGUUGGCAGCCAGAUUUCGAGAAGAUUGAUCCUGCUUUCAGUGCCGAGAUCACGGGCGAUAUCCGUGCUUGGAACGAACUCGGGAUACAGAUCAAGGCAGAAGUUCUAGGCAGGUGGGGAUAUCAAGCCGCAGUAGACGCUCAACUUCCGUUCUUUGAGGCGAAGAUGUCUGGCGUGGUGGACACCGUAGGUGUCUGCGGCAGUCAGAAGACCGUCGGUGUGAAUCUUGGGACUGACGUCGGCAUCAACGUGAACCUCAAUGCAGGCAAGGUCAAUGAAGCGCCCGCUUUCGAAAAGGAUCUAUUCGAAACUGUGUGGCCUCUCUACUCGACCUGCAUUCCAGUUGGGCCUGACAACGCCAAGCCAACUGAUGUUCCCGAGCCUGAGCCUACUGAAGAGCCCUCGACCGAGACACCGAUAACCGGGGAAGGUCCCCUCGAGACGGGUACAGGUAGCAUGCCUAUGAUCACAGGCGCACCUAGUCUUGUCACCGGGACGGGUACUGCUUCGAGUGGGUGGCCAAUGUACACUGGCAACACCACUUUCCUAAGGAUGGCGCAGCGCCGACCCACUGCACUUUACUUCUGA